GUUUUCCGCAGUCACUGAAUGGUGGUGGGUGAGGAAGGUAGGAGAAAGUGUAGUGAAAUUCACAUAAACCAGAUUAUUAUAUAGAUUUGUAAACACAUUUAAAAAAAGUCGACAUUGUUAUUGUAAAGACAAAGUGGUUCUGCUUACGCAUACUGGUGGAGGAGGAGGAGUCGCGGAGGACGACAGCAAGCCGAAUGGCUGAAGCCCAAACCUCAGGUGAACUGGAGCUCAAUCCAGAUGCUGCAGAUUUUGUUCAGGGAGAAGAACAGAGCCAGUUUCAGUCUAGAAGUCGGCCAAGACCAGAUUUCAACAGGAACAGAGGGGGUCGAUACGCAGCCCCUCACCAGCAGCGUUCUAACAGAUUUUAUUGCAACGAUGAGCCCUUACGUGAAAGGGACUACUACAAUCGUCAGACCUACAGGACCUUGGAGGCUCCCUUAGAUAGUCGAGGUGGCCCUAGUGCUAGAGGAAACCACAGCUUUCAAAACCAGCGGCAAAACCGAUCCAGAAACAUUAGAACCUUUCCAACAGACCAUUCAAGACAGUUUGGUGGCAGCCAUUCAGAAUCUUUCACAGAGAAACCUGACAAAGAUGGACCUAGCUGGCGGACAGUGGACAAGAGGCAGAAUGACCUUAAAACCUGCUUUGAGCCCGAAGACACUAGAGAUGCCAGACCUAAAAAUCCACGGAAGUUUACUUACGAGCCGAGAAGGGGUCCUGGUGAGAGGGGAAAACCAGCUUUUUACAGGGAUAAUAGAGAAGAUUUGAUUGAAGGAGACAGGGAAAACUCGUUGGAAAUGGGUUCUGUGGAAGCUACUAAAGCAAGAUUAAACGAGAGUGCACUGAAGCACUCCCAUUAUGGCAAUAAGAGAGCAGCCCAGGAUUCCCAAAGACACUGGCAGCAGAAUAGAGAUGAACAUCAGACAAGGCAGGAACGGAGUAGGAGUACAAAACCUCAAAGUGCCUCAUCCCAAGCUGACCGCAAGGUAAAUGAGAUGGCUACCUCUGGUAAGACUCGCGAGCCUUAUAGUAGAUCUUCAUGGAGAAGUGAUGUGGAGAGAGGGCAAGGAAGAAGGAUGCCAUUACAAGAUCAUGGACCAAAGAAACACUUGAAUUCAGGCAGAAAACCUUUCUGUAAAAAGCAGUUGGAUGUUCCCAAGAGCAAAGAAACACAUACAGGGUGUCUAAUUGAACAACUGACUGAAGAGAAGUAUGAAUGUAUGGUGUGUUGUGAGGUAAUUCGUGUGAUGGCACCAGUCUGGAGCUGUCAGAGCUGCUACCACGUCUUUCAUCUAAACUGUAUUAAAAAGUGGGCUCGAUCACCAGCAUCACAGGCGGAGGAUGGGAAUGAGGGGUGGAGGUGUCCUGCCUGCCAGAAUGUAUCUGUUCGUGCACCAAACUCUUACACCUGCUUCUGUGGUAAAGUUAACAAUCCUGAAUGGAACAGAAAUGAGAUUCCACACAGCUGUGGAGAGCUGUGUUGCAAAAAGCGUUCUGGUCUGGACUGCAACCAUCCCUGUAAUAUCUUGUGCCAUCCUGGACCAUGCCCAUCUUGCCCAGCAUUUGUAACCAAAGCCUGUGUUUGUGGAAAAAUAAGUCAAUCUGUACGUUGUGGACAGGCAACUAUGAUUCGUUGUACUGAUGUGUGCGGCAGCCUGCUAAACUGUGACAAGCAUACCUGUGUGCAGGUGUGCCACAGCGGAAAAUGCCAACCCUGUCAGCUCCAAGUCAGCCAAGUUUGCUAUUGUGGAAUGAGUUCUCGGGAAGUGCCCUGUGGGACAGAUAAAGAACAUUUUGAUGAGUCUGGACAUUUUUCCUGUCAAAAACUGUGUGGAAAAAUGCUUGACUGUGGCAAGCACACUUGUUUGCAAGUAUGCCAUCCACAACCAUGUCAGUCUUGUCCUCGUCUUCCAAAAGUGGUACACAGCUGCCCUUGUGGGCAGACUCCCCUCUCCAAACUUUUGGAACUUGGUUACCCUGAGCGCAAGAGCUGCACAGAUACCAUUCCAUCAUGUGGAAAAACCUGUGCCAAGCCGUUACCAUGUGGGUCAAAUGAUUCAAUUCAUUUGUGUGAAAAUUUGUGCCAUGAAAAGGAAUGUGGUCCGUGCUUGCUUACUUCUACCAUCAAAUGCAGAUGUGGCUUCAAAACUAAAGAAGUUCCAUGUGCCGUUAUUCAAAAUGAAGCUGACCUUACGUUCAUGUGUGACAAGCGUUGCAAUAAAAAACGUCCUUGUGGCCGCCACAAAUGUAACGAACUUUGCUGUGUGGACAAAGAGCACAAAUGUUCCAUGAUCUGUGGGUACAAGCUGAACUGUGGACAGCAUAGGUGUCAAGAGCUUUGUCAUCGUGGGAACUGCCACCCGUGUUGGCAAACAAGUUUUGAUGAACUGCCAUGUCACUGUGGUGAAACAGUGAUCUAUCCACCCGUUCCCUGUGGUACAAGACCACCUGAAUGUAAAAAUCCAUGUACCAGGAAGCACGAGUGUGAUCAUCCAGUAUUUCACAACUGCCACAGCGAGGAGAAGUGCCCACCUUGUACCUACCUCACUCAGAAGUGGUGUAUGGGAAAACAUGAACAAAGAAACAAUAUUCCCUGUCACUUGGCAGAUAUAUCCUGUGGCCUGACUUGUAAUAAACAGCUGCUGUGUGGCAUGCACAAGUGCAGAAGGAUCUGCCACAGAGGGGAUUGUAUGACAGAGGAGCAGUGUAAACAACCUUGCUGUGCUGUGAAACAGGAAUGUGGUCAUGCCUGUUCAGCACCAUGCCACCAGGGGUCCCCCUGUCCCAGGGCUCCAUGUACAGCAAAGGUAGUGUUACAGUGUGACUGUGGGCGCAAGAAGGAGAGCAUGGUUUGCUCUGAGGCUUCAACCAAUUAUCAAAGAAUAGCUGCUAUAGCCAUAGCCAGCCGACUUUCUGAUAUGCAGCUGGGAGACUCUGUGGAAAUCGGUCAACUAAUUACAAAGAAGGAAAUGAAGCAAGCCAGGUUGCAGUGUGAUGAGGAGUGUGCUGCACUAGAAAGAAACAGACGGUUGGCCGAGGCUCUAAAUAUAGACCUUAGUUCUGAUCCCUUCAACACCCGCGGCUCGACCUCGAAAUUCAGCGACAGUCUGAAGGAAGAUGCAAGGAAGGAAUUAAAGUUUGUAAGUGAAGUGGAAGAAGUGAUGAAAAAUCUUGUGGAGUUGGCAAAUAAGGGAAAACAAUCAAAGCGGAGUCAUUGCUUCCCUCCAAUGAACAGAGAUCACCGCAAGAUCAUCCAUGAGUUAGCUGAGGUGUAUGGGAUUGAGAGUGAGAGCUAUGACAGUGAACCAAAGCGUAAUAUUAUCAUUACAGCAGUAAGAGGGAAAACGUCGUGCCCUAAUACUACUCUGACAACGCUGAUAGAACGUGAAACUGCCACAAGACCUCCACCACCCAUCGCCCACCACAGGCAGCACACUGCAAAUUCUGGCAAUUGCAGCUUCAUGCAAAAGGCUGUUAAAGAGGAGCCCGUGAUUGACUACUUUGAUGUUCAGGAUUGAAAACUUGGAAGUUGUUGCGCUAAAGAAAAAUGAAUAUAUAAAUGAAGCACACUAGCAUCAGAAAGCUAAGUCACUUAUGCUUGUUAAGAAAAAAAAAAAAAAAUAUGCAGAAGAUCAUAGUUCCACAUUAAAAAAUCUUGUUCUUUUACUCAGAAAUCCAUGACCAAAUAGUUAACUGUUAGGCCCUGUAUGGUUCUAGAUGUUCAUUCCAGUGUUGAGUGAGAAACUCUCUUGUAGCUAGGUGCCUUUUUUUUCCUGCAGAAAUUUAUUUUAAUGUCUAGUUUUGAAACAUUACUGAUUAAAGUUUUGGUUUAAGUAGGCUGUGCAAAAACUGAUAUGUAAAACUUGUCUGAGGGGAAUUGAACAAUGGACUGCACAGUAAAUUCAGUCAACAUCCAAUAAACACUUCUGCUUCUGAAAUAAACCAAAAUAAACCCCAUUGACUACUGCGCAGCGAUCUUGAAAGCCUGUGGAACGCAGCCAGAUACCAAGCAUCUGUAGGAUAUGGUUUGUAAGGUGUGCGGCACUAAACUUGCCAUUUUACCAGGAAUUGUGAUUGUAAUUCCAAUUACAUACAUAUGUGUUUAAAGUUGAUGCAUACAGGUUAAACUGCAUAAAUUAAGGGUACAAAUCCUGCAUAAAGUAAAGUUGUUAUGCAUAUUUGCACGUCAAAAACUCACGUAUGACUUCUUGCUGAUUUUAAUGAGACAUCAUGGGUAUAUCCAGGGGAGAGAACAAAUAAAAAGCAAGUUAAGUAUUUUCUAAAUACAAGGUAGCUUUAAAUAAUAACAAAAUUGUAGAAUACAUUGUUUCCAGUGGAGUUUAUCUUGAAUAGUAAUUUACACUUUAACCGCUGUGUAAAACAUUCACCAAAUAGGGUUCUUGGUCUUUUGUAUUAUUAUGGUGUUGUGGGAUGGGAAAUGUCUCUGUGUGAGGGAAUGUCGGCACAAGUAAAAAUCCAUUGACAAGAAGCAGGGGUGUGUAUAACCCAUACACAGGCACAGCAUCAAUUGAAAGGGGGGGUGGCGGCAGCGGAAGCAGGAACAUUGCUAAAUUACAGUGAACAUUUAUUAACUUUUGCAAGGAAAAAUCCAGUGAUAUGACAUUCAGCAUGUUAAAUGUCAACUUGUUUUGAAAUCUAAACACAAUUUUGUACUGUAACAUAGAUACACAUGGUGUUGCUGGAUUCAACUAGCAUAUCUGAAUAGCAAUUGAUUGGGUUACUCCGGCUGCAGUAUUUUUAAGUUAUCACAUUAUUUUGGUUAUGCCCAUUUUGCACUGAUCCGGUUCACAAAUCACAUAGACCCAAAAAAAGAUAUUCGUCAAUUUUGCACAAAAUUACAUUUGAAGAAAAUAUGUUUCUGUCAAGACUUGUUGCAGUCAUAGGCAGCAUUCUAUUUAAAAUAUCCUAUUUCAAUCAAUCUCUGCAGACAAAAAAUAAAUAAAAUAGGCCCCUGCUUUUAACAGCAGAGAUGUAACCAUUUGGUUAUAGAAUCUGUAUUUUGAGAGAGAAUGGUCUUAAACAUGUUUUAGUUGUAGUGAUCCUGAAAAGAUCCUUGAUACAAAUCAUGUUUUGUUGUACUGCUUUGGGAUCAGAAGAUAUCAGAUCUGUGGUAUUGACUUUGGGCCAUCCUCUAUCAGUUAAGGCUAUUUGGUUGAGGAAAACUGAAGGGGUUGUUCCUGAGUGUCUAGUCAUCAGACAGAAGUAACAUUUGGUUAGUCCAAAUCUAACACCAACUAGUAACCAUCACCCAAGAAUAAAUAAUUUUCAAACCAAUAAGUAGUGCUAUUAAAAUAUAUUGUUAAAAUAUUUUACUGGAUUUAUCUCUGUUAUGUAAGGCUAUUUAGGAUUUCACUCAUUUUAUGCAAACAAAAUAAAAUUGAUGUGCUGCAAUAAUUUUCAAAUAAAAUGGCUCUGUA